AAAAUCAACGAGCUCAAAGCUGAGGUCGCGAAUCACUUGGCAGUGCUCGAGAAGCGUGUGGAAUUGGAAGGACUGAAAGUGGUGGAGAUUGAGAAAUGCAAGAGUGACAUUAAAAAGAUGAGGGAGGAACUGGCAGCCAGAAACAACAGGACCAGCUGUCCCUGUAAAUAUAGUUUUUUGGAUAAAGACAAGAAGUUGACGCCUCGACGCGAUGUCCCCACCUAUCCCAAGUACCUGCUCUCCCCGGAGACCAUAGAGGGCCUGCGCAAGCCCACCUUCGACGUCUGGCUUUGGGAGCCCAACGAGAUGCUGAGCUGCUUAGAGCACAUGUACCACGACCUCUGCCUGGUCAGAGACUUCAGCAUCAACCCCAUCACCCUCAAGAGGUGGCUGCUCUGCGUGCACGACAACUACAGGAACAACCCCUUCCACAACUUCCGGCACUGCUUCUGCGUGGCCCAGAUGAUGUACAGCAUGAUCUGGCUCUGUGGCCUCCAGGAGAAGUUUUCCCAAAUGGAUAUCUUGAUCCUCAUGACCGCAGCCAUCUGCCACGAUCUGGAUCACCCAGGAUACAACAACACGUACCAGAUCAAUGCCCGCACAGAGCUGGCCGUCCGCUACAAUGACAUCUCGCCCCUGGAGAAUCACCACUGUGCCGUGGCCUUCCAGAUCCUCGCCCAGCCUGAGUGCAACAUCUUCUCCAACGUGCAGGCGGAUGGGUUCAAGCAGAUCAGACAGGGGAUGAUCACAUUGAUCCUGGCCACGGACAUGGCGAGGCAUGCCGAAAUCAUGGAUGCUUUCAAAGAGAAAAUGGAGAACUUUGACUACAGCAACGAGGAGCACAUGACCCUGCUGAAGAUGAUUUUGAUAAAAUGCUGUGAUAUCUCUAACGAGGUGCGCCCGAUGGAAGUAGCAGAGCCUUGGGUGGACUGCUUAUUAGAAGAAUAUUUUAUGCAGAGCGACCGGGAGAAGUCGGAAGGCCUUCCCGUGGCCCCUUUCAUGGACCGGGACAAAGUGACCAAAGCCACUGCCCAAAUCGGGUUCAUCAAGUUCGUCCUGAUCCCGAUGUUUGAAACAGUGACCAAGCUCUUCCCCAUGGUUGAGGAGAGCAUGCUGCAGCCCCUGUGGGAAUCCAGAGACCGCUACGAGGAGCUGAAGCAAAUAGACGACGCCCUGACGGAGAAGAAGACAGAGAGCCUGACAGGCGGGGGUGCCGAUAAGUCGAGGGAGAAGAGCAGAGAUGUGAAAAAAAGCGAAGACCUGGCCUGAAGGAAGCAGGACGCCCCAGGUGAUCCCGCUCAGCCACCAACGUGAGAUUUCUCGGCGCAGGGAGAAGCUGAUCCUGACCCCAUCGCGCUCGUGACCACGUUUUCUAAGAACCAUUUUGUUCACUGAUAACAAAAAAAGGAAUUCAUGAUGCUGUACAGAAUUUUUAUUUUUAAACUGCCUUUUAAAUAAUAUAUUCUUAUACAGAAAUGAGUUCUGUGCUUUUUGUCAGUGGAGCAGUGUGUCAGAUACACCGCUCUCACGUGGAGACAGGACGCGGUGCUGCUCAGAGGCACCGGGGCCCGCGCGGUGGGACAUGCUGUGUCCCCCGUGGAAACUCGGCAUUGAAGGCCGGGCCCGCCCCGGCGCCUGGCGCGUGCGCGU